AGCAGUACAUUUUUGCGAGCUACCAUUUCUUCAAGCAAGCUUAUAAUCAGAUUUGACCGGAGAUAGAUUCCGGCUAUAUUAAUUUAUUUGCAUUCCGGUCAGACCAAGAGAAAGAUGAAUGCCGUGGGAAGGCAGAGGUCCGCCGCGGCGACGGCUCAUCAUCAGCGGCAGUACUCCGACAAUUUUUUAGAGACCUCAUCGAAUGAUAGAUGGCUUCAAUCAGCGGGUCUUCAACACCUUCAAACUUCAAGCAACUCUAUUUCUCAAUCACAGGGCUCGAGAGUGUCUAGAGGUUCUCAGAGGAGUGGAGGAAGUGAUCUUUUUCCGGAGCCAUUGACUCCGCCGUCUGAUCCUCGGCCUGCCAGCCAGCGGAAGAAUGUGGAUGAACCUAGUGAGUUCAGUCCUGGACUCUUAGAUCUGUAUUCAGUGGAUACUGAGCUUCUUCCCGAGAUACCAGUUGCUGACCACAAUGGUGGUCCUUCUGUUCGUCAUUUUGCUCAAGGGAAAAGCCUUGAUGACUUGGAGUCAUAUUUUACAAAUAAUAGGCAAACUGGUAGAGUUCGUGGCUUGGCAGAUGUUAAUGUAACAAAGAGCUUUGCUGCUGAGAAAGAAAAGGCUAGCAGUGGUGCGAAGAUCAAAGUAGUGGUGCGUAAGCGGCCAUUGAACAAAAAGGAAUUGGCAAAGAAUGACGAAGACAUCAUUGAAACACGUAACCACGCAUUAGUAGUUCAUGAGACAAAACUUAAGGUUGACCUGACACAAUAUGUUGAGAAUCACGAGUUUGUCUUCGAUGCAGUGUUAAAUGAGGAGGUUUCAAAUGAUGAGGUAUACCGUGAAACUGUUGAACCAAUAGUUCCUAUAAUUUUCCAACGCACAAAAGCCACUUGUUUUGCAUAUGGGCAAACAGGAAGCGGGAAGACAUUUACAAUGAAACCACUGCCAUUGAGGGCAUCAAGAGACAUUUUGAAUCUCAUGCACUAUACAUACCGGAAUCAGGGUUUCCAAUUGUUUGUCAGCUUCUUUGAGAUAUACGGAGGGAAACUCUUUGACCUUCUUAAUGAUCGGAAAAAACUUUGCAUGAGGGAGGAUGGUAAACAGCAAGUAUGUAUAGUGGGACUACAAGAGUACAGAGUUUCUGAUGUGGAGAUGAUUAAGGAGCUGAUUGACAGAGGCAGUGCAACUAGAAGUACAGGCACCACUGGUGCCAAUGAAGAAUCAUCUAGGUCACAUGCUAUACUUCAGCUUUCUAUAAAGAAGUCAGCCGAUGCAAAUGAAUCCAAACCAGCCCGACUUGUUGGUAAGCUCUCUUUUAUAGACCUUGCUGGAAGUGAACGUGGCGCUGACACUACUGAUAAUGACAAACAGACCAGAAUCGAAGGAGCAGAGAUCAACAAAAGCUUGCUAGCAUUGAAGGAAUGCAUCAGAGCGCUUGACAAUGAUCAAGGCCAUAUACCCUUUAGAGGCAGUAAGCUAACUGAAGUCCUAAGGGACUCAUUUGUUGGAAACAGUCGAACUGUAAUGAUAUCCUGCAUUUCCCCAAACUCUGGAUCAUGUGAACAUACUCUCAACACAUUGCGAUAUGCAGACAGAGUGAAGAGUCUUUCGAAAGGGAACAACUCCAAGAAAGAUGUGCCAUCUUCAACUAUGAAUUUGAGGGAAUCAACCGUGCUACCUUCUGCAUCAACAUAUGAAGAUAAUAUGGGCAAUUCAUGGUCAGAACAAACAGAGAAAGAUGAGUACCAGGAGGACUUCUAUGAGCAAGUCAAGCAAAUAUCAUCGAGAAAAAAUUUAAAAGUUGAGACACCCAAUGUUUCUAAUCCAGAAGAGAAAAAAAGGAGGGACCAUGACCAAACAAACAAGUGGAAGGAGCCACUUAGAACAGAACCUAAGGUUUGGAAUGAGAAUGAUGAUUUAAAUUCACUUUUAAAGGAAGAGGAAGAUCUCGUCAAUGCUCAUAGGAGACAAGUAGAAGAAACUAUGGACAUCGUAAGACAGGAGAUGAAUCUUUUAGUGGAAGCAGAUCGACCAGGAAACAAGUUAGAUGAUUACAUAAGUGGGUUGAACUCGAUCCUCUCUCAGAAGGCUGCUGCAAUCUUGCAGAUGCAGAACCGUUUAGCUCAAUUUCAAAGACACCUGCAGGAGCAUAAUGUUUUGGCAUCCUCAGACCAUCACUAGAAGUAGAUAACUGGGAUGAUGACACUUUAGUUGGUAAUCCAGCCAGGAGAUGUGGUCUUAUUCUGAAAAGGGCUGCUGUUUUUUACUUUUAGCCCCGCAGUUGGGUUAUUUGUGUGUGAGGUCAUAGGCUCAAAUCUCUCAUUAAGCCCCCCAACACCCAGAAGUGGCUUGGGCCCAGAACCAACCUUUGCUCCAUUUGUGUGUAUUAUAUGACAACAAAUAUUGCAUAGUUGCAAACCUUAUUGGCCAUUUUUAAAGAAAGAUUAAUGUGCUAUUCACUACGA